AUGAAUUCAACUCCAUCCGUAACGUCAUCGUCAUCAGAGAAAUCAAAUGCAUUACCUUCAAAUUUAACCCAAUCUUCAACAAUUUCAUAUUCUUCUGUAAAGUUCAUAGAUGAAUUUAGUGAUAAUGAUUAUGACGAUAGUGAAGAAGAAUUCGAUGUAGAUUACUUAUGCCCAGAAUGUUCACGACCCCGAACAAACGAUCGAUGGUGUAAUUUUUGUGAAUCAAAAAAAUUUUCAAUGAAUUUUGAUAAAUGGACAAGCGGAAAUUCAUAUUUAGACAAAAUAAUAAGAGAUACUCAACUUAAUGCUACAAAUAAAUGUGAUUAUUUGGUUUGGAUUAAUUAUAAUGAGUUUGAAGACGUAGAAUAUCUGGCAAAAGGUGGAUAUGGUGAAGUUUAUUAUGGAGUUUGGGUUUAUGGACCAGAUAAAGUUCUAAUUUAUGAAGAAGAAAAUUGUAAAUGGAGAAAAGAAGCCAAAACACCAGUAGCUUUGAAAUGUUUACAUAACUCUAAAAAUAUUACUGCUGAUUUUUUAGAUGAAGUAUUUAAUCUUUACUAUCAUUUUAAAGAUGUAUUAUCGAUGUCGCAAUGGUCGAGUACUUCAUUGCUAUGGAAUAACUCAGCACAACGAAUCAAACAAUUACAUGAUGGUAAUGGAAAUCGACCAGACAUUUUAGAAAUCAGAUUGUUGUUAAAUAAAAGGUAUUGGGAAUGUUUGGAAAGUGAUGAGUAUGCAAUUAAUUUACCGCAAAAUAAAGGUAAUGCUAGAGAACGUAGGAUUAUUAAGUCUCAUCCUAAAGCUGUUUAUACAAGUAGAUUGUUACCAAAACCACUGAACGAUAAAGAGUAUAGUGGAUAUGGAAACUUUGCUAUAUCAGAGUCAGAUUUCAUUAAAGGAAUAGGAAGAACUAUAGGUCAACUACAACAAUUAAAAAUUAUUACCGAUGAAAACAGUGAAGAUUCUGACUAUGUAACAAGAGCAUUUGAACAAUCGCUUUCAAUUGGUAAUAAUAUAUCAAAUACUUCAAAACGAGCAAAAAUUACAAAUACUUCAAAAGCAUUGUAA